CACAAAUGUAUGCAACCAAAAGACUUUGUGGAAAAAACUCCAGAAAAUGAUAGAAAGCUUCAGAGAAGACUGGACCAGAUGGCUAAAGAAUUAGCUGUACAAAAGACAGCAAUUAAUGAUGAAACUGAUGUACCAGUUUUACUAUUUGAAGACAAUGGUUCACUUGUAUACAGCCCUGUUAGUAAGAUAAAAGAUCAGUGCAGUGCAAUGGAAAGAAGAAUAAAGGAAAUGAAGGAAAAAAGAGAAAAUCUUUCUCCUACUGCUUCACAAAUGUCUCAAAUACCUCCAAGUGGUUCACCAGGAGACUGCCCGCUGUCUACUUGUGUCUUAGCUAAUUCAGAAGAUGCAUUGUUACCAGGAGAACAAAUGGAAGACUGCUUGAACUCAAGUUAUGAUUAUCUUUGGGGAACUGAUAAAUUAAAGAGACAGAAAACAGAGGUAGUAAAACAUGCCUGUGAUACUUGGACUGAUAUUCAUGUAUCCAUGAGUGCGUCAGUGAAUUCUCCCUCACAUAGCUAUGAGCAGAAGAGCUUAACACCAAAAAAACACAGCAGAAGAAGUCUAGGUGGUGAAAAUGAAGUUUCAGAGUGUCAUGUUGCUGAUGGCCCUUGCAAAGUUUUUAAUGAGCAAAAGACUAAGCAAAAUGGGGCGUUAAGAAAACCUAGAAGACUCCAAAAGCCAACAAGGACACUAGUUAUGACGAGUAUGUCUUCUGAGAAACAAAAUACAGUAAUUCAGGUGGUGAAUAAACUUGGAGACUUUUUAUUCUCAGAUGAUGUAUGUGAAACAACAAGUCAUGUAGUUGCAGGGAGUCCUCGUCGUACCUUGAAUGUUAUGCUGGGAAUUGCUCGUGGGUGUUGGAUUGUUUCUUAUGAAUGG